AUGCGAUUGCGACACAUUACAUUCUUUAUCAAAUGCAUGAAAAAUAUCGUAAUCAAAGCAUACUAUAUUUACAGUUUCUAGUUUUCUCACUAUUAACAGCAGACAUUUGACUACAAUUUGGAUUGAAAGACGGGCUACUUACUACUCUCUCACCUGCCGUCCCUGGCUCGAGGUACUGCUCAAAAUGUCUGUCGAGAAACAGUUAGGAAGAUCGGCCGUUCUGCAAGAAUUGAAUAUGUCGCAAUUUACAAAUUAACGAAGAAGCCUCCAAAACAACUGGGGAUACAGGGGACCGUGGAGAGGGUCAGGGAGAGGAUCAGACCCCUGUCACUGCCGCUGGGAGAGAGGAGGUGCCACAACACAGGAAGUAGGGGCCACAACAGAGGUAGGAAGAGGACGGAACAAGCCCAUUGACUAAGACAGGUCUGGGUCUAGACCUCCAUGCCAGGCUAGAUGAUGAAGAGCCUCCAGUUCAGAAGCAUCGCCCCCAAGGCCCCAGCAGCGGUAGUUCCCUCCCCGACCGCCGUCCUGUCCUGCCAGCACCCCUCUGCCCUCCCAGAAGCAGCCUCUACAGCCGUCAGCCCUAAAUCCAUCCUGGUCCCGGCCCAGAACUAUGCCCUGAUGCAGGUGGCAGGACAGGAGGGCACCUUCUCUCUAGUGGCCCUGCCGCCCUCCGUAUCCAAUCAAUCUCCACAGCAACAACAGCCGCAGCAACAGACAAUCCAGAAGAACCUGAAGCUGCCCAUCCCCAGGUACCAGCCAAUGAGAGCCAAGAACACCCCGGAGAAGGUCAAAUUAGCCACACCCACUGCCGUGACAACCCGGCCACAAAGGUCAAUAGCGGCGGUAAAAAAGAAGUUGUCAUUGCCGGAACCCAAGGAGGAGCCAUCAAAACAGGUCAUACUGAUCGACUCCACAGCCUCCUCUGAGAUCUCAGCCCUCACAGCCCUGCUCCCGGACAACGCUGUGCUCUACUCUGGAUCUCCACUGGAGCAAGUAGCAGUGGUGGACACCACCAUCAACCACAUGUCUACUCCUGCCCCCGGCCCGGGCCCCGUCACCAGCAUGCUGCAGAACCUCCAAUACCCAUCUGGCGGUUUUACUAAAAGCUCCCCAGUCAAACUGCCACAGGAAGAGAGCAACAUUAAGGUUGGCAUUAGGCCAUGCCAACCCAAGCCUGUAGCCCAACAGCCCCAUCCACAGCCAGCUAGUAGCAGCAUCACUGUCCUCUCUCCAGCCAUCUUCAGCAAAGCUGUCCAGAUUAUACCCUCCCCACCCAAAGGCAAGUUGCCCAUUCUGCCCUACUCGAACAUAAAAAGCACCCUUAUACCAGCCACCAAACUCAACCUCAAUGCCAUGUCCCCCAAGAAGGCUUUCCCCAGCCAGCCUGGCUUGCCCGGCCUUACCCCGUAUCCUUCUGAUCCCCAGUCCAAGACCCCAGAGACUGCCGAGGCCCUCUGUCAGAACCACAUGCCAAACUCCCUGCUGCAGAGCCAGCCUCAGGCCAAGACCACAGGCACCCUGUCGCUACUGGGAAUGCUUCAGAUGCAGAAACCACCGGGCAAGAAGAGAGGGAGGAAGAGGAAAACAAUGGAGGAUAUUCUGGCCUUUGAGGCAAGAAAGAAGAGAUCCUUGUCGUUCUUUCGGAGGAGGGUUCCAGAGAAGCCUUCUCCUUCGACUGUCAUCUCGCAGCAGAGGGAAGUGGACAUCUCUAAGAAGUACCGCAGCAUCAGACCCAAGCCUCACCACAUGCUGCUGAUGGAGACAGUUCCCCAGCUGGUCAGCCUGCCCUCCCUCACCACCUCUGACAGCCUGGAACCAGAGCUCCUCGUAGGGCACCAACUCUCUGCCAAGGUCCUGGAGCCUGGUCCUCGCCAGCCCCAGUCAGCCUCUACCACACUUCACCUGAGAGGGGGAAGUUCCUCUCAAAGGGUCUACCUGGGCAGUAGCCGGCCCCUCCACCACUGCCCCACCUGCAGCCGCUGCUUCCAGUUCAAACACCACUUGCAGAGCCAUAUGAACAGCCACACCAACAGUAGGCCUUACGUCUGUCCAGUGUGUCGUAAGGCCUAUGCCCAUUCCGGCUCGCUCAGCACUCACAUGAAGCUGCACCACUCAGAGGGCCGACCACGCCGGACGCUUCGCUGUGAGUUCUGUGAGAAGGCGUUUGGCUACGUGGGCGUGUACUUCAGCCAUCUGAGGGAGGUGCAUAAGGUUAUCCUGACUGUGGAGCCAUCCAUCAGCCAACAUGAAGACGACGUGCCUGUGGAGGGGGCGAUGUCUCCAGACCAGGGGGACGAGCAGGGCCAGGAGGACCGCGAGGACCCAGUGGAGCUCCAGAUCAAGUGUGGCCGCUGUCAGGCCAUCACCCCCACCUUCGCCGACAUGAAGCUGCACCUGCUCUACGUGCACGGGGAGGAGGUGCAGGUGCGCCUGCGGGAUGGGGCUGGUGGGCUGGGAGGGGCACUCCAAGGGGGCCGGGAGGCCGAGGACGAGCUGGUGAAACACGCCGCCCACUACUGGCGCCAGCUCAAUGAGAAGAGGAACCUAGUCCGCUGUGGGAGCUGUGACGAAGAGUUCUUCUCCUUCUCCAAGCUGAAGCGUCAUAUCCUCUCCCACCACCAGGGGGGGGCAGAGGACGAUGGGAAUGGAGACGGAGAGGGGGAGCCGACCGGCCACUCAGCCCGGGGAGGGAGAGGGGUCCUCAGGCAGGGCUCAGUGUUUAACUGUGUGCUGUGCAGCCAGGUCCUGGACAGUAAGGAGGAGGUGAUGGAGCACUGGACAGUCCACCACCACUGUGAGGAGACCCAGGUACUCUGGGAGGCCCUCAGCUCCUACUCAGGGGACAGGGAGAUGGACUUGCCCUCUCACAGCCCACAUUAACAUGGCACUGGACACGUUUCAGGUUGUUUCUGUUGCAGUCACGUUGCACAUCUCAGAAGAUUGACUUUACUGAUUAUUUUUAGCUUCUAAUGAAGCAAAGGUUCCAAACAGUGCCUCAGAAGAUUGCUAUACCAUAUUAACAUGGUUUCCGAUGUUAAACAUCUCUCCAGGCAUUGUGAGAGCUAAUAAUCGGGGCAGCCUGACUGCAAUAAAGACAACCUGGAACGCACCGCACCCACUGUCUGUGUCUGUCUGAGCCCAUCUUGCACAGUGGGCUGCUCUCAAACACACGCAGUUAUUCCCUUUAUACACUAUCGAGCUGACCCCAACCAUACAGUGGGGACAUUUUAUUUUCAAAUGGUCCUUUGCACCACAGUUCCAGCAACUAUGGAAUAGUGGAUGCCUAACCUCUAACCAGGCCAGUGCAGUACAGUGCAGCUCGGCUCAGUAGUGUGUAAAUUGUAUUAGGCCGUACAGAGGUCAGUUAUAGCACAGGUUAGUUUUUUUGAGAAUCCACUUGAUAGAUUAGUAUUUAUUAUAUGGUAUUUUAUGGACUGCACUGUUUUUGUUUUUUGUUUGUUCUGAUUUUGUGUUUAGGUUUUUUGAGUUUGGUGUGUUUUAAUAUUUUGUUUAAUAAAAUGGAAAGGAUAGGGUUUUUUUGUAUUGCGUUUUUUCCCCUUUUUUUCUCGAUACAUGAUUGGCCACAGAUGCAGUGAAACUGUUUGUUAAAUGACAUGAGUAAGCAUAAUACCCUAGCGGUAGUAAUAAGGGCACACUGUACCGAAGUCUGUCUUUUGGCCUUGAAAGUACUUUUUGGUUGAAAACUAAUAAUAGACCUUAUGUGUCAAACUCAUUCAAUGUUGGGCCUUGUGUCUGCAGGUUUUAGUUUUUUUCCUUCAAUUAGUGACUUUAAUUAAUCAAGUACACGGGAGGAGCGAAAACCCGCAGCCACUCGGCCCUCAGUGAAAUGAGUACGGUACAUGGUAUGAGUACGGUACAUGGUAUAUGUCUAGCUAUUUUGACCUAGAGAGGAAAACCUUCUCAGUACACCAGCACCUGACUGAAACAUCUGAGGCCUUCUGAAAAUAGAUUGAGAACCUUAUUUCUGGCUAAUAAUCAAUAAAGGACUCAUAAACAGAUGAUAUAUUAUUAUA